CUUUUUAAUAUAAUGACGAUACUUCCCCCUAUCCAAUUAUAUCUAAGAAAAUUGAUAGGAUUAAAAAUUCACUCGGCAAAGGGAAUCAUAGGACUCACUUCAAUCAUUGUUUUAAGAGAGAAAAGAUACCUGCUUGUACUGUAAUUACCUACCUCCUAGCUCCUACUGCUUGAAGAUGCACCAUCGAUCCAAGAUUUAUAUCUGAAACCUCUGGUUGCUAAGCGAGAAAUGUUUGUCUAUUAGGAUAAGCCCUGACUCAUAAUUAAACAAAUAUAACCAUACGUAUAAUGUAUAUGCAUAGAUGCACAUAUCUAGAGAUAUUUAUGAUCGAUACAUAAUUUUAUCCUAGAGAUAUUUUAAACAAAUGAAAGCUGAUCGACCAGUAGGCAGCUUCAUGCACUACAUUAGUGCAAAUGUCCAAGCAAGUACUCAAUCCAUCAUCCAUGAUGUCUCAAUAUAUUUCUUUACUCAGUGUCAUCUUUUCAGGAUAACAAGAUUAUUCCAAGAUCACCCUUGUAGCAUCAAUUACAUAUCGAGCAUCCGUCAAUGAAACUUGGAUCAACUAGCUGGAACAUCUCUCUUCGGUUCUUGCGUCGGAAAGUCUAAGCUCAGACCCAAACAAAAGCGUUCCCACCGUUAUCCAGAAAACUCACGCAUCCAAACAAAAAUUUCUUGGUCCAACCAGGAGGAGAUCAAGCCUUGUCCAACCACUUCCAAUUUUCUAAUACCCAACACGUUGCUGUACAAGUCGGUACGGAAGAAAUUUCCCUGCUCGACUUGUUUAUUUAUUUCUCUUCUGAGGAAAUGUUUAAACCCCUUCUCAAUAAAAUAACACGAGUGUCAAUUGUCACAAGUAAACAAGAGUACCACUCCUUCACCUUCAUGUAGUAUUCGGCACUCGAUAUAAUGUCAAAGAGGGCGACGGCUUUCCCACCAUCUCCGCAAGCAUCCACUUAUGCUAGGCCUCUGAUAAGGUCCCGAACUUUUCUAUAUUAAUUACACCUUGCAGAUUAGACUCCUCUGACUACUUCCAAAGCUCUGGCCUUCACAUGCAUCUACAGAGAUAGCUUGGUAGCUUGCAGGGAGCGAACGCAAAAAUCUCCACGUUGGGAGCUUUCAGAUCCCAAUAAAACUAGCAACACCAACUAUAUCCAGACCCUUAAUUCCGUAGUAAUUAAUACUGAUAUCAUGGAAUUGGAGGCUUCUCUGGAAUCCACUCCUACUUGGGCUGUAGCUGGCGUUUGUGCUGUUUUGAUUCUUAUAGCUCUCCUCCUUGAACAUGCCCUCCAUCUACUAACUCUGUUGCUUGAGAGGAGAAAGAGGAAGACAAUCAAUCAGGCUCUGUACCAUAUAAAAGCAGAACUCAGGGAUUUUGGAUUCAUGUCCUUGUUGCUGACUGUUGCCCAGCAACCAAUUUCAAAGAUCUGCAUACCGAGAAGCCUAAUGAACUCCCUUCUUCCAUGUAAAGAUGCGGAGCCCCCAGACACAUUCACUGAGGAGGAAUCAUGCCAAAAAGAGGGGAAGGUGUCUCUUGUAUCCUCGCAAGGUGUUCUACAAUUGCAGACGCUGAUCAUUGCGCUGGCUGUGUUCCAUGUCCUAUCCUGCCUUCUUACUUUGGGUCUUGGGGAGGUUAAGAUGAAGAAGUGGAGCUCUUGGGAAGAAGCGACUAAAACUCUGGAAUUCCAGUUAUCAAAUGAUCCUCGCAGGUUUAAGCUCACCCGACAGACAUCAUUUGGAAGAAGGCAUCUCAAGUUCUGGAGUAAAUACAGAUUGCUUCUCUGGCUUGUUUGCUUUGUUCGGCAAUUCACAGGUUCAGUAUCCAAAGCUGAUUAUUUUGCUCUGAGGCAUGGUUUCGUUGCAGUUCACUUUCCUCAGGACUACAGCAAGUUUGAUUUCCGCAGGUUUAUUCAAAGAUCACUUGAUCAUGACUUCAUGGUGAUUGUCAGGAUAAGCUUUUGGAUUUGGUUAUACGCUAUCGUCUUCAUUUUCUUCAAUGCCCAUGGAUUCUAUAACCACUAUUGGCUUCCUUUUAUUCCCUUGGUGGUCCUUUUGGUUGUAGGAACGAAGCUAGAGGUCAUCAUAACCAAAAUGUGCUUAAAGAGCAGUGAACAGAUUGUGAUUGUUCCAGGGACAGUAUGUGUGAAGCCUGAUGAUAACUUAUUCUGGUUUGGCCGACCUCAAUUGCUAUUGCAUCUCAUCCAAUUCAUCCUGAUCCAGAACUCCUUUCAGCUUGCAUUCUUCACAUGGACGUGGUACAACUUUGGACUCUGGUCCUGUUUCUAUAACAAUGUGGAGGAUGUUGUCUUAACUAUCGGCUUUGGCAUUAUGGUUCAGUUCUUCUGCACCUAUGUCACUCUUCCAUUAUAUGCAUUAGUCACCCAGAUGGGCUCUUCGAUGAAAGAGACAAUCUUCACAGACCGCAUCAUUGAUGGCCUGAAGAACUGGCACAGGAGAGCAAAGAAGAACCUAGCUAAGCAGAGAUCCCUUCCCUCAAGCCCUUCAGCAGCACCCUCACCUUCAUUCCCAACUGAAUCUUCUUCAUCUCAGAGACGCAUGGCAGCAGCACCCUCCUUACCUUUUCUCCCAUCCAAAGCACCAUCAUCUUAUAGAAACACAGCAAUGGGAUCCUUGGUACCUUCUCUCCCGGCAAAAGCUUCAACAUCUUAUAGGCAUGCAACAGCAGCUUCCUCAUUAACCUCUCUACAAGAUGAAGCUUCAUCAUCCUACAGGCACAAAACAAUGGCACCCUCCUUACCAUCUCUCCCAGCCAAAGCUUCAUCAUCCUACAAGCACACAACAUGCGAGACGGAAUUCAAGUAUCCCUCGGGAAGACUAGAACUUUUGGAAGUCCAGAAAGUGGUAGAAGAGAUCAUUCAAUAUGGUGCCAUGCCUAAUGAUGGUGAGAUUUCUUUCGGAUGGUGGAGGCGGCAAAGCAGUGAGUUCUCGACAAGGAGUCGACAGUCAAAGUGAACUGCUUGAGCUCACUGUGAUGGCCUCCUGAUUUUAUAAAACUUCCAAUGCUGGAAGCCCAAGCUUCCGAAGGAAAUUGCUAAUCUGAGACAGA